CCCCGGGAUAGCCUGAUUCUUACCAGAGCGGACCGAGAUAGAUAUCAGAUUCAUGAGCACCGAAGCGUACACCUUUGCCAGGCGCAAGCGGCUUGUAAAACGAGCGCGCUCGAUCAUUCAUAAAGGCGUGUAUCUUGUUAUGUAGUUUCUCCCUAUAUCUGUUGGUUUCCUGGCUGUGGAAAGGGGUUGAACCAGAAGUGGAACAUGGCGAGAAUGGUGAACGAAAACGGGUGUGGACAAGAGUUACAGAGCACAGAGCUAAAUGGAGCCGGUCGAGGUACAGCGCGGUGGGGUCCCCAACACGCAGGGGCUCUGGAACUUGCGAAUUUGUAUUCGCCAGGAAAAAGAUGUCAGGAAUGGAUAAGUGUUGUCCUCUGCUUGUCUCUCAUGGCCUUCAACUUUUGUCACCUCCUUGUUAACUUCCACCUGGGUCAUAUGUGGUACAUCCUUUUGGGCAUUGUGGCAGGAAUACUGACUGCAGACUUUGCCUCUGGUCUAGUCCACUGGGGGGCUGACACCUGGGGAUCUGUGGAGCUACCCAUCGUUGGAAAAGCCUUUAUCCGACCAUUCAGGGAGCAUCACAUUGACCCUACAGCCAUCACCCGCCAUGACUUCAUUGAGACAAAUGGUGACAACUGCAUGCUGACCCUGGUCCCAUUAGCACACAUGACUUUCAAUUUCCUCACCCUCUCACCUGCGGAGCACUAUCACAACUACCCCUGGCACUGCUAUGUGAUGGCACUGGCCAUUUUCGUUACCCUAACCAACCAGAUUCACAAGUGGUCGCACACAUACUUCGGGCUGCCAGGCUGGGUGGUCUUUCUACAGAACUGCCACAUCAUCCUGCCCCGCAAGCACCAUCGCAUCCAUCACGUUUCCCCCCACGAGACAUACUUCUGCAUCACCACAGGCUGGCUGAACUAUCCCCUGGAGAAGCUGGGGUUCUGGUCUAGGCUUGAGGAUCUGAUCCAGAGUGUGACUGGGGAGAAGCCCAGGUCUGACGAUCUGAAAUGGGCCCACAAAACCAAGUAACCAUGCAGACUGGCUGCAUCGCUACCUCAGGAGUAUUCAGUCUCUUUCGCGCGCUAACUCCAGCUGUAAUCAAUAGGAGACACCAACAUAAGGAUCUGGUUUCAGAGAUGCCAUAUAGCUUUAAACCUUGCACAUUUUGUCUGGUUCUAACCGUGGAGCGUUUUGUCAAGGGCCCAGGGGUGUUUUCUUAACCCACUGGAAAUCUGAGUGGGAAGUGCUUUUUGAAAUAACAUUUUGAAAGCACUAAUACAUUGCAAUACUUUCUCAACUCCUCAUCUAGCUCUUUAUUUCUGAUCGUGUAUGUCUAACUUGACUCAACCGUUCUUGAGGUGUAACACUAAAGCCAUUGUCCCCAAAGGGACAGUCAAAUAUUUUUUUCAUCCACUUUACAGACUGAAACUGCUAAAAAAAUAUAUAAUUUCAAAAAAAUAACUCAAUAUCCCAACCAGAAAUACUUGAAGGAAACAGUUUGCUUUUUUUCAGCACUUCGUGUUUGUUUGUCACUGUUUUAAAAAAUAAAUAAAAAAUCUGGUCAUCUCUCACUGGGUAGCAUGGACACAGUAUUUGUGUCAAAUAAAUACUGCCUAUUACCUUAAUUUCCUAUUCAUAGUUGAUGCUGGUUAACAAUAAUUUGCCUACCUAAGAUAUUUUUGCUUAACCUUAUAGUGCAGUGCUGGCUUACAUUUAGUCUACAUCCAAUUGAUGUAACUGCUAUGUUCGUCCAGACUUCUCAAACCGCCUUACCAAUCACAGAUGCAUUGAUCUCCUGCCUUUCAUUUCACUUCUCUAUUGCAGAACCCAUCAUGUAAUACUUCUAUUCUUUUCAACCAGUGGUUUUCUGUCUUAAAUUUGCAAGUAUCCAUACAGUCUUUCUCAAGUAAUUUGCCAAUCUUUUUUUACACACCACACACCCUUUUUAAAUCCCAGAAGCAUGGAAGUGGUGAAACACAUCAGCGAUAUCAUCAGCGAUAUUGCCAAUAUAUCUGCCGUCUAACAAGGCCGAGCAGGCUGCAGUGAUGGCCUAAUACUUUGAGUGCAGUAGAAGAGUAAUCAAAAGUGAUGAAUCAUCAUAUUUAGCAAAAUACCUGAAAUAAAAGUGCUUUGUGUGUAUGCUCUAGUAAUCAUGUUUGUAAAUGAACUGUGCAGCAGAUACCUAUGCAGUCUGACUGGUGGUGAACCUUGUGUCUUAACUAUCUUAACCUAAAACAAAUGGUCUGGUUGGCUAGAAAUGCUAUUUAUGUUCUUAAAUUCCCUUAACAUAGACAUUCUUUCAUUGUAAAAGGCACACUAUUACCUCUCUGCGUGUGAUAUUUAUUGUCAUUGUCACGGACCAAACCGUUGACGUACAAAAUGAACGACUAAGGUAAUUGUGUGGGAGUUAUUUCAUAAUGAAUUCAACUCUGGGGCUUUUAUUUCCAGCACCAAAAACCAGUGACCGUGUGGUGGUGUGCGCGUUAUUCUCCCAUAUAUACAUGAUUUCCCAAUUUUGUAUUUGAAAAUAGUUCAGCUUGGGAAGAAUAAAGGUCUCACACUGGAACACUGGUCUCAAAUUCCCCAUUCAAAGGUGUGUGUGUGUGUGUCACACUGACUUACAUACUGUAUACAUGCAUGCAGGUUGGCUUAUGCAGGCAAUAUGUAGGAUCACCAGCCUUCCUCACUGUUUUCAUGUAACUAAUGAAUUGCUUGAUAGUGGAAUGAAAUCAACCUGCUGUAUGUGAGCACUUGAGUUUUGGAAGUUUUGCUAUUGUUUAAUGUUUUUUUGGGGGGGGGGGUGGGGGGCUUUAUUUGAACAACCCAAAUUGUCAAUUAAUUUUAAGUGCUAGGCUUACUGUAAUGUGGCAUUUGCAUUCAUAGUUAUGCCGUUUUUUUUAAAGUGUCAAAUUAAACUAGCUCCUGUUUUAUUCAGAAGUCAAAAUUACUUUACUGAAAGUUAACAAAGGUCCUUAUUCACCUGACUCAGUUCAUAUAUUUCUCAAUUGUAGAACAAUCCCUGCAGAGUUUGUUUUAUAAGUAGGAUAUUGUAAAAGCUGGGAAAGUGAUGACAUUUUGUUUCACUACCACUGGUUCUAUUGGGAGUGAAUAAUUUCAGUCAAACCCAACCAGGUUGAUGUAUGAAAAUCUUAUCAUCCUUCAAAUUUUUUUUAUUUUUAAUUUUACCUUUAUUUUACUAGGCAAGUCAGUUAACAUUCUUAUUUUCAAUGACAGCCUAGGAACAGUGGGUUAACUGCCUGUUCAGGGGCAGAACAACAGAUUUGUACCAUGUCAGCUCGGGGAUUUGAACUCGCAACCUUUCGGUUACUAGUCCAACGCUCUAACCACUAGGCUACCCUGCCGCCCCUAAUUAGUAUAUUGUUGGCCAGAAACAUUCAUAAAUCAAUCAUGAAAUAACAUUCUCCUCAAAUGUGUUUUUUUGGUGCAUUUAAUGGAUAUGGUCUUAUGGGUCCUAUUAAAAAUAAAUGGCUGCCAUUAUCCCCGUGGAACCAGAAGUAGUAACGCAAACUAUGCAUCAAUACCAUUGCUUAUUACUGUUCUGCUUUGGCUAGGUAAUAUUAAAGCAGGUGUGAGUUUACAUAUUAACUACAAUGUCAUUUAUACUUUUAAUUUUUUUACUAAGGAUACUAGUAAGUAUUUUAUAGAAGUAGGGAGAGGAUAAUAGUAAAUAAGCAGCUCAAUCAAUAAUUAUGACUACGGCUUCACUAGUUUAAAUAAUUCAGUUGAGGGGAAGAAGUUUGAAUGGAUAAACUGAAAUGGCUUUUCAUAUUGUUGAAAUUGUAACCUCUUAUCAGUUGUCUUUCAGCUCAUGUUGCUAUUGACCAAUGCCAAACUUAACUUGAUUGAUGGAUAAUUAAAAAAUGUGUCAGUUUAUAAUGUAGUAUAUGCAAGAUUAUCUGUCAUCCUUUUGCCAUUGCAGAUUUGAAGUUACAGGGUAUGAUAUGAUGCAUUAAGCCAUGUUGAGUACAAACUAUUGCCUAGAUGUAAAUGUGUGAUUAAGUUAUUUUAAUGACCUAAUUGCUUUAGUACAAUACUUUUUCAAUUAAUGGAUUUAGUUAAAGUACUUAAAUGUAACAUUUGGUUUGUCUAAAUGAUACAAGAAUAUAGAUGUUGCCUAAUGCACUUAUUUUUCAAAAGAAAGUCAUGUUAUAUAAAUGGUUACUGUUGAUUGUU